AUGAGCAUCAAGAUCCAACGAGAAAAGGACGUCCUAAGACGACGGGAGAGCACUCCCGUCCACCCCGUGGAGCGUCCACCCCAGCGGAGGCACCCUCCGCUAGGCCAGUCGGCCUCCUACCACCCUGGGGUGAAGCCCCUCCGCUACCAGUCGCAGUGGAGUUCCGACUCGGACGACGACUCUCAGGCCGACUCGGACUGCGUCUACCGGGUGGUGUUGCUAGGCGACCAAGGCGUCGGCAAGAGCAGCCUCGCCGGAAUCUUCGCGGGGAUCAACGAGAAAGACGAACCUGGAGAAGACACGUAUGAAAGAACACUCACAGUCGACGGCAAGGAAGCCACACUAGUCGUCAUGGAUACGUGGACAAAUGAGAAAACGAAGGAAGACGGUGAUCCACACGACGAGGCUUGUCUGACGUGGGGCAGCGCGUACGUCAUCGUGUACGCGGUCAGCGACCGGCGCAGCUUCGACACGGCUGCCGAGCUUCGCGUCACGCUGAGACGGCGACGGCAGGCCGACGACGUUCCCAUCAUCCUCGUGGGCAACAAGAGCGACCUCGUGCGCUCCAGGGAGGUCGCCAUUGAAGAAGGCCGAGCGUGCGCGAUGGUAUUCGACUGCAAGUUCAUCGAGACGUCGGCGUCCCUGCAGCACAACGUGAGCGAGCUCUUCGAGGGCGUGGUGCGGCAGAUCCGCCUACGCCGCGGACGCCCGUCGCCCUGUCGGCGCCGGGAGAGCCUGGCCCAGAAGGCGCGGCGCUUCCUGGACCGCUUGGUGGCGCGCGACAACCGCCGGGUGGCCGUCAAAGUCCGAUCCAAGAGCUGCCACGACCUGGGGAGCCUCUGA